GCAGAUAAGAAUUUAACGGUCGAAAAUAUAUUUGCUAAUUGAUUCAUAAAUAAUUGUUCUAUAUUAUAUGUAAAUCUGGAUCAUAUUCAGAUACGUAACUAUAGAGAAAAAGAAAAUGAAAUACACAUACUUGUUACCGAUCAUACUUUUGGCAGCAAUUUCAUUUGCUAGUAAUUCUGUUUCAACAAAUGGUGGUGUAAACUUACUUCAAUGCCUUAAUUCCAAUUCCGAUCCAUCUCAACCAAUAUCCCAAGCAUUAUAUUUCCCGACCAACUCAUCGUACUCCGACGUUCUACAGUCGUACAUCCGAAACCUACUCUUCAGUGGGCCCACAACACCGAAGCCACAAUUCAUCGUCGCAGCCGCACACGUGUCCCACAUCCAAGCGUCCAUCAUCUGCGCCAAAUCCCAUGGCCUGGAAAUGAGAAUCCGAAGCGGGGGCCAUGAUUUCGAGGGCUUCUCGUACGUAUCCGGCAAACCCUUCUUCAUCCUCGACAUGUUCAACCUCCGGGCAAUCCACGUCAGCAUCGAGGAAGAAACCGCCUGGGUGGAAACCGGCGCCACCCUGGGCGAACUCUACUACAGAAUCUCCGAGAAGAGCAGCACUCACGCCUUCCCUGGCGGAACCUGCCCUUCGGUCGGCGUCGGUGGCCACAUCACCGCCGGCGGAUUCGGCAACAUGGUCAGGAAAUACGGCCUCGCCUCCGACAAUGUCGUCGACGCAACACUCGUCGACGCCAGCGGACGACUUCUCGAUCGGAAAUCAAUGGGCGAGGAUCUAUUCUGGGCAGUAACGGGCGGCGGGGCCGCCAGCUUCGGAGUUGUUCUCGCGUACAAAAUCCGGCUCGUUAGGGUUCCAGCGACUGUGUCUUUCGCAGUAAUUCAGAUUACUGACGGUCAGCACGGAAAUAGUAAUAGUAAUAGUAAUAGUAAUAAUUUCACAGACACCGUCUACAAAUAUCUCCAAAUUGCCGACAAACUGAACGACGAAAUAUUCAUCAAACUAGCAUUCAACGUCGUCAAAGUUGGUCGUACCAAAGCGGUAAACGGCACAUUCCUCAUCCUAUUUCUUGGUAACUCAGAAAGUCUCGUCGACCUAAUGAAUGAAAAACUCCCCGAACUGGGAUUAACUAAACCCAACUGCGCUGACGUCAGCUGGGUUGAGUCAAUGGUCCGGUGGACGGCUUUUCCGGCGGGAACCCCGACGAGUAUUCUGCUUAGCAGAAUCCACCCGGGGCAGGCUCGAUUAAAGAGAAAAUCCGAUUUCUUAAAAAAUCCCAUUUCCAAAAAGGGAUUGGAAAUCAUAUUCAACAAAAUGAAGGAACCGGAAACUCCGGUUCUAAAAUUCUUCCCAUUUGGUGGAAUCAUGAAUAAAGUUUCAUCUUCUGCUAAACCUUUCCCGCACCGAGCUGGCAAUAUAGCCCUGAUCGAAAUCGCGACAAAUUGGAACCAGACAGAAGGAGCUCAGGAUGAUGAUUAUUACAUGAAUAUUACCAGAAAGUUUUAUGAAUGUAUCACUCCUUUUGUGUCGAAAUCCAGGGAAGCAUAUCUUGGUUAUAGGGAUAUUGAUUUGGGAAUCAAUAAUCACGGCCCCAAUAGUUACUAUGAAGCAGCAGCUACUUAUGGUUUCAAAUAUUACAAGAAUAAUUUCCACAGAUUGGUGCAGAUUAAGUCCAAGGCCGAUCCUGAUGAUUUUUUUAGAUAUGAGCAAAGUAUUCCUAUUUUUCCCAAUAUUGCCACUGCAUGAAUAUCAUAAUUAUCAAUCAAUGUUCUGAACCAAAAAUAAAUAAAUAAAUCAUUAUUUGUAGA